AUGAGCUACCUCUCUAAAUCAUUCUUUGUCUUUUCCACUCUUUUCGUUCAAUCUCUCCUUCCCGCAGCCAACGCCCAAGGCCUGGAUAUUCCCCAGAACGGGCUAGUCACGGACGAAACAAUCGGCUAUGAGCCACUCUGUGGCACCCUCGGCGACAACACCUACACCGAAUUCGAAUGGGACGUCGGCGCACGCUGCAUCACCGCCAUGUCCGUCUUCAAAGACGCACCCGAGACCGUCGUCAUCUACGACCGCUCCGGCGUCAAGCUCGAGGGUAACGUCAUCGGCGGGCUCAACGCCGUACCCGUCUGCGUGUGCUUCUCCCUUGCGGAGAGGACGGAGACGUACAAUGCCGACAUUUGCAUCUUCCACAACGAGCAGGGGAAACUUGAAAGCGAUUUUGUGGGGUUCAGUGCCCCGCCUGGUUCUCCGCCGUCGGGCAGUUACUAUGUCUUGUCGACGUUGAGCCCCAACUCAACCAAGGCGCUGCCCCAGUGCAGGAAUGUGGACUUGCCCGCGAGGUCGGCGGAGUGGACGGCUACAGCUGCGGGCAUUCGUUCCAGCGUCGCCCCAGCUGAGCCAGGGAGCCAGACCAGUAUCUCCAGUGGAGAGGGCAGCGGCACACAAACAUCUCUCUCGCCGAGUUCCUCCAGCGCCUCGGCCGACGAUGAUGACGACCCUUCCAGUGGCUUCCGUCUGGGGAUGAGCUUAACCCUCGCGUUCACCACCUUUUUGGUCGCCAUCUCCCUCUAA